CUCUACCAGUGGGAGACUGUGUUGUUACAGUCUCUCCGAGCUUUGUCAUGGCGGCGUCCAGUCCUCUAUCCAGUGUAAAGGAACGUGAUGCUAGGGUUUUUGUCAGCGCGACAAACCGGAUUAGACGACCCUCUUCGUCUACGAAGAGUGGAGGCCACACGAAGGGUUUUGGGACUGGAGUUAAACAAAGACAGAGAUGUUGAAAGGAUCCAUGGCAAUGGAGUUAACACCCUUGACAUUGAACCUGUGGAAGGGAGAUACAUGUUAUCAGGUGGUUCAGAUGGUGUGAUUGUACUUUAUGAUCUUGAGAACUCCAGCAGAAAACCUUAUUACACAUGUAAAGCAGUGUGUUCUGUUGACAGAAAUCAUCCUGAUGUCCACAAAUAUAGUGUGGAGACUGUGCAGUGGUAUCCUCAUGACACUGGCAUGUUCACAUCAAGCUCCUUUGAUAAAACCCUGAAAGUAUGGGAUACAAAUACAUUACAAGUGCAAGCAUUCAUUUUUAUAUUUCUGUGUGCAUACAAUGAAAAUGUCAUAAUUCAUAAUAGUAGUGUCUUAUUUCCUUUUGAUGCUGAUUUAUAUAAUAAAAUUAUCUUUAACCAUUUUUGUUUUUGUUUUAUAGUUGGUACUAGAGGGCACAAAGUACAACUUUGUGACUUAAAGUCUGGAUCCUGUUCCCACAUUCUACAGGGUCACAGACAAGAAAUACUGGCAGUUUCCUGGUCACCGCGUUCUGAAUACACCUUGGCAACUGCAAGUGCUGACAGUAGAGUAAAAUUAUGGGAUGUGAGGAGAGCAUCAGGAUGUUUGAUUACUCUUGAUCAGCAUAAUGGGAAAAUGUCACAAGCUGUUGAAUCAGCAAAUACUGCUCACAAUGGGAAAGUUAAUGGCUUAUGUUUUACAAGUGAUGGGCUUCAUCUCCUCACCGUUGGUACAGAUAAUCGAAUGAGGCUCUGGAAUAGCUCCAGUGGAGAAAACACACUAGUGAAUUAUGGAAAAGUUUUUAAUGACAGUAGAAAAGGAUUGAAAUUCACUGUCUCCUGUGGCUGCAGUUCAGAAUUUGUUUUUGUACCAUAUGGUAGCACCAUUGCUGUUUUUACAAUUUACUCUGGAGAACAGAUAACUAUGCUUAAGGGACAUUAUAAAAGUGUUGACUGCUGCGUAUUUCAGUCUAAUUUCCAGGAACUUUAUAGUGGUAGCAGAGACUGCAAUAUUCUUGCUUGGGUACCAUCAUUAUAUGAACCAGUUCCUGAUGAUGAUGAGACUACAAGCAAAUCACAGUUAAAUCCAGCGUUCCAAGAUGCCUGGAGCAGCAGUGAUGAAGAAGGAUGAAUGUCAAUCCUAAGUACCUUUGUAUCUUGACUGAUGAAACUUUUAAAAUGGGACUUUUUUUUUUUUAAACUGUCCAGUGACAGCUACAUUAACCCUGAAUCACUUGAAUUUGGGUGAUUCUGCCUCCACGCCCAUGUUUUAAAAGGAAGUUAGUAUUUGCAUGAAAUCCUGAAACAAACUUCUGUAUAGUUUAUUUCAUCAGAACAUGGCUUCUUGAUCCCAGUUGGCGUGGCCCUGGGCAAGCCCCUGUUGCCGCAGUACAAGGACACGAGUCUUGGCACCUCCCUGUGGGGCCCUGAGCAGACCGUGUGAACGGUAGUGUGCGGUCUCCCAGGAUGAGCGAGUGGAGGUUAUCAGCACUGACUUUCUCCUGCUGGCUGUACCAUCACCCUGUUCAUUUUCACUUUCAGGAGAUUUUACUGAGGAUGAUUAUAUCAAAAAUAAUAGUCGAAAAGUUAACAUCAAAAAUGUUUUAUUCUUUCUUAUUCAUGUAUUCAGUUUUUACAAUGAUUUUAUUUUGUUAACUGUAGUCUAGCUUUAUACUAAGUAUUUUUGUACUCAGUUCCUCCCGUAAUCUAAAAAGUGUAUCACGGAGUUUUUAACUUGGGGAAAACCCCAUGUUUCCUUUAUUUUCAUGCAUCAGAUGGCCGCUGGUGCUCAUACUUGAACUCCCUUUCUCUGAAUUUUGUUAAGAUGUGACUAAUUCCUACGUUGUUCAUUGAGGCAGAAAAUGUCCUGACAGGGAAUCUGGCUUGAACUGAAAUGUUGUCAUAAAAUUUCUAUUUUACUGUCUA